AUGUUCAGGCAUACAUCCAGAAGGCUGCUUCCAUGGGCGUGCGGUGCGGUGGCUGCGGCUGCUGCGGUCGGCGCGGUAAGCCGCCCAAGCUUGGUGAACGAGGUUCCGACAGAACUGAAGUUGGAGCGGCGCGCGCCAGCCCCUCCCUCGCGGAGCGAGCUUCUAGAGAAGCUUCAGAAGACGAACCAGUUUGACGUGUUGGUGAUUGGCGGCGGUGCGUCGGGCGCGGGCUCUGCGCUUGAUGCGUCGACGCGUGGGCUAAACGUCGCGCUGUUGGAAAUGAACGAUUUUGCCUCAGGGACAUCGUCGAAGUCGACGAAGAUGGCCCACGGAGGUGUGCGGUAUUUGGAGAAGGCUGUGUGGGAGCUUUCGAAGGCGCAGUUGGACUUGGUCAUUGAGGCUUUGAACGAACGUGCGCACCUAUUGUACACGGCUCCGCAUUUGUGCAAGGUGUUGCCGAUCAUGAUUCCGGUGUACAAAUGGUGGCAGGUGCCUUACUUCUACGUGGGCACGAAGAUGUAUGACUUCUUCGCAGGCUCCCAAAAUCUCAAAUCCUCAUACUUGUUGUCUGCUUCUGCAGCUGGUGAAGUUGCGCCAAUGUUGGAUGCUUCCAAGUUGAAGGCAGGGCUUGUGUACCACGAUGGAUCCUUUAACGACUCCCGGAUGAAUGCUACGAUUGCAGUGACUGCAAUUGAGAAUGGCGCCACUGUGUUGAACUAUAUGGAGGUUAAGCGUUUGAUUAAGAACCCAGAAGACGGCAAGGUCGAAGGCGCUGUCGCCAUGGACCGUGAGACCGGCAAAGAAUAUGCAGUUCGCGCUAAGGUUGUUGUGAAUGCCACUGGUCCUUUCUCUGACCGUCUCUUGCAGAUGGACAACCACCCAGAAGGCCUACCAGAUGACAAGAUACUAGAUGCCAUUAACAAAGACAGUACUAUCGCCACUGAGGUUGCGGUUGCCAACCCUAAGAUGGUGGUUCCAUCUUCUGGUGUUCACAUCAUUUUGCCUUCGUACUACUGUCCAAAGAACAUGGGUUUGCUAGACGCUGAGACAUCCGAUGGAAGAGUGAUGUUCUUCUUGCCAUGGCAGGGUAAAGUUUUGGCUGGUACCACUGAUAUUCCAAUGAAGCAGGUGCCUGCUAACCCAACUGCGACUGAGGCUGACAUCCAGGACAUUUUGAAGGAAUUGCAACACUAUAUUAAGUUCCCUGUCAAGAGAGAAGAUGUGCAAUCGGCUUGGGCUGGUAUCAGACCAUUGGUUAAAGACCCACGCAAGAACUUGAGCGACACCCAAGGUUUGGUUAGAUCCCAUCUAGUUUUCACUUCUAAGAAUGGCAUGGUCACUAUUUCUGGUGGUAAGUGGACCACCUACAGAGAAAUGGCUGAGGAAACUGUCAAUGAGGUGGUGAAGGUUGGCAAGUUUGUCAAUGCCAAGCCUUGCAUCACCAGAAAACUAAAGUUAUCCGGUGCUGAGCACUGGGAUGCUAACCUUCCGGCCUUGUUAUCGCAACAAUACAACAUUCCACCUUUGCUUGCUGAACACUUGUCUCAGAACUACGGUACUAAGGCUGCUCAGGUUUGUGAAUUAUUUGAGGACGACAGGGCCAAUAUGCUUCCAGUGUCUCUAGCAGCCGACAAGCCAACUUCUAUUGACUAUAACGCUUUCCGUUAUCCAUACACGAUUGGUGAGUUGAAAUUUACGAUGACUCAUGAAUAUGCAAGAACUCCAUUGGACUUCUUGAUGAGAAGAACCAGAUAUGCCUUCCUAGAUGCCAAGCAAGCUCUAAAGGCGGUCGACGGUACUGUGAAGGUAAUGGGAGACGCGCUUGGUUGGGAUUCCGCAAAGCGUGUGGCGGAGACGAAGUAUGCCAUCGAGUACAUCAAGACUUUUGGUGUCUGA